GCCGGCCCGCCCGCUAUGCUGGCGCGGGCGCUGCUGCUGCUGCUGGCCGCGCUGGCCGCACUGGCGCUGGCCCGGGAGCCCCCGGCGGCGCCGUGUCCCGCGCGCUGCGACGUGUCGCGGUGCCCGAGCCCCCGCUGCCCCGGCGGCUACGUGCCGGAUCUCUGCAACUGCUGCCUGGUCUGCGCCGCCAGCGAGGGCGAGCGGUGCGGCGGCGCCCUGGACUCGCCGUGCGGGGAGAGCCUGGAGUGCGCGCGCGGCGUGUGCCGCUGCCGCUGGGCGCACGCCGUGUGUGGCACCGACGGACACACCUAUACCAACGUGUGCGCGCUGCAGGCGGCCAGCCGGCGGUCGCUGCAGGUCUCCGGGGCGCCAGUGCGCCAGCUGCAGAAGGGGGCCUGCCCAUUGGGUCUCCACAAGCUGAACAGCCCGCGUUACAAGUUCAACUUCAUCGCUGACGUGGUGGAGAAGAUCGCGCCGGCCGUGGUCCACAUCGAGCUCUUCCUGAGGCACCCGCUGUUCGGCCGCAACGUGCCGCUGUCCAGCGGCUCGGGCUUCAUCCUGUCGGAGGCCGGCCUGAUCCUCACCAACGCCCACGUGGUGUCCAGCAACAACGUCAUCUCGGGCCGGCAGCAGCUCAAGGUGCAGCUCCAGAAUGGGGACACCUACGAGGCCACCAUCAAAGACAUAGACAAGAGGUCGGACAUCGCCACCAUCAAGAUCCACCCCAACAAAAAGCUCCCAGCGCUGCUGCUGGGCCGCUCAGCAGACCUGCGGCCGGGCGAGUUCGUGGUGGCCAUCGGCAGCCCCUUCGCCCUGCAGAACACAGUGACCACGGGCAUCGUCAGCACGGCCCAGCGGGACGGCAAGGAGCUGGGCCUCCGGGACUCGGACAUGGACUACGUCCAGACGGACGCCAUCAUCAACUACGGGAACUCCGGGGGACCGCUGGUGAACCUGGACGGCGAGGUCAUCGGCAUCAAUACCCUCAAGGUCACAGCCGGCAUCUCCUUCGCCAUCCCCUCGGACCGCAUCACGCAGUUCCUCACGGAAUUCCAGGACAAGCAAGUCAAAGACUGGAAGAAGCGCUUCAUCGGCAUACGGAUGAGGACCAUCACGCCCAGUUUGGUGGAAGAACUGAAAGCCAACAACCCGGACUUCCCGGAAGUUAGCAGUGGGAUUUACGUGCAGGAGGUCACUCCAAAUUCACCUUCUCAGAGAGGGGGCAUCCAAGACGGCGACAUCAUUGUCAAGGUCAAUGGGCGUCCGCUGACAGACUCGAGUGAGCUGCAGGAGGCCGUGCUGACCGAGUCCCCGCUGCUGCUGGAGGUGCGGCGGGGGAACGAUGACCUCCUCUUCAAUAUUGCACCCGAGGUGGUCCUGUGAAGCUGAGGCCCCUCCGCACCGCCGAGCGUGGAGCCUGCGGCCGAAGACAGGUGCCAGCGAGGGGCUCCGUUAGGAGCCAGCGCCUCGAUGGGGCCAGGACGAGGGACCGAGGUCGGUCCUCAGCAGAGCCAGCGGCCUCCUCCCACCCCCGCUCCGGGGACAGAGCCACAGGCUGGGCGUGGCCAGGGGUCCAAAUCUCAGCCUCAGGAAGUGUCAGCUCCCACACCAUGGUGCCCAUGGGGGCAGCUCCAUGUCCCCUGCGUAAACACCUUCCAAGAGCCACCUUCCAAGUGCUCGGGAUAAUGUACGAUCCCAGUACUUGGGAAGGCGCCUGUAGCCCCCAGAAGUCCUCUCUCCCACCCUCCCGCCUGCGCACCUCAUACCUCCGUCUGGCCCGAGCACCCUGCUCCCAAGACUUCCUGGCUCGGCAGGCCUGGCCUGGAGCAGGCGCCGAAGGGACAUCCCCUGGCUGCCCAGCAGAGCCCUGUGGCUGGCGGUGAGCUCCUCUUCCCUCGGGGAGAAAAGCUGGCAGGAGCCUCAUGGGCCAACACUGUCUGGAAGAUUGCUUGUCCUCCUGGAGGUGACCUGGAGCGGUGGGCAGAAUCGGCGGGGCCCUGCGGGGCGGGCUGCCUGGAUGGAGCCCAGGAGCAGCAGCAGC